CGGGAGGAAGUUUGUCCAUCGCCGUGCUCCGUUGUCCCGCGGGCUGCCCGGCAACCGGCGAGGAAACGGCUGGCGUCGGUGCAGUGGGCGCCAGGGGACCCUUGGAGCGAGCGGGCGCGUGAUCGAGCUAAGGCCGGCGACCCUUCUCCGCGAACUUCGGACACCGAGCGCUGGAGUCAGAGAUGGCUCUCCCCACGUUGCCCUCUUAUUGGUCCAGCCGGAGACACAUGGAUCUUCGCCAGCGCCAGCAUCAGCAGGAGGACCAGUUUCGCCAGCAGUGGGAACAGAACAGUCGCUAUUUCAGGACCUGGGACAUCCACAACUCGAAACAGAUCGAAUGGAGCUCCAAGAUCUCCUACCAGCGGAGCAUGCACGCCUACCAUUGUGAGAAGAUGAAGGAGGAGAAGAGGAAGAUUCUGGAGCUCCGGCGGGAGAGGCUCAGAGAGCUUCUCCUGGAGGAACAGGACUUGCUGGCUUCGGAGCUGGAUGAGCUCAGGCUGAGCAUGGGCCUGCGGGAGCAAAGGCUCCGGGAGCAGCACCAGGACCUGAAGACAGCCCGAGAAGAACAGAGGAAACUGAUUGCUGAACGACUUUUGUAUGAACACUGGAAGAAGAACAACCCCAAACUUCGAGAGCUUGAGUUGGACCUUCACAAGAAGCACGUGAUAAAUUCUUGGGCAACACAGAAAGAAGAAAAAAAGCAGCAAGAAGCCACGGAGAAGCAGGAGAACAAGCGGUUGGAGAACCAGUACGCAGCAGCCCGCCGGGAAGCCGAGGCGAGGAUGAGAGUCGAGGAGGAGAGGAGGCAGCUAGAGGGGCGCCUGCAGGCCGAGGCGCUGCGCCAGCAGAUGGAGGAGCUGAAGCAGAAGGAGAUGGAGGCAACCAAACUGAAGAAGGAACAGGAGAACCUGCUGAGGCAGCGCUGGGAGCUGGAAAGACUGGAGGAGGAAAGGAGGCAGAUGGCCGCCCUCCGGCGCAAGACAGAGCUGGGGCGCUUCUUGAAACAUCAGUACAACGCGCAGCUCAACAGGCGCACCCAGGAAAUCCAGGAGGAGCUGGAGGUAGAUGGGCGGAUCCUGCAGGCCCUCCUAGAGAAGGAAGGCGAGUUGCAGCAGGUGGAACUGGCCAGGCGGGAGCAAGCCCGGGCCGACGCGGCCUGGAUGAAGCAGGUCAUCGAGGAGCAGCUGCAGCUGGAGAAAGCGCGGGAGGCAGAGCUGCAGCAGCUGCUGAGGGAGGAGGCCAAGGAGAUGUGGGAGAAGAGAGAGGCCGAGUGGGCCCGAGAGCAGGUCGCGCGGGACAGACUGAUGAGUGAGGUUCUGACCGGGAGGCAGCAGCAGAUCCUGGAGAAGAUUGAACAGAACCGGCGGGCGCAGGAGGAGACCCUCAAACACAGGGAGAAACUCAUCAAGAGUCUCGAGGAGGGGAAGCAGUUAGCUCAGCGAGCUAAGGAGGAGAGUGAAGAGCUGAAGUCGGCCAGGAAGCAGGAGCUGGAAGCCCAGGUUGCAGAGCGCCAGGGACAGGAAUGGGAAGCAGCCCAGCAGGAGGAGGAGCAAGAGGAGGAGGCCAGGCAGGCGGAAGAGCGCUCCAAUGUUCUGCUGCAGCAGGAGGCGAAGACCAUGGUGGAGAAGGGCUACCAGCCCAAGCUUCACGGACACCUCAGAGUUGCCUGGGACUGACGUUGAGCACAGAGAAGCAAGCCGACUCACUACCACUCCAGACAGUUGUACGGUGUUGGUGCUGGCCAGUGCUCAGGGUGCUGCUGGCUAGUUGAGCCAUACCUGUCAGGCACAUCAUGGGCCAUAGAUGUCAGGAUGCCAUGGGUGUGCAGCGUCCCCUGAGAGCCCUUCUCACCCCAAUAGGCCUUGGCUUCAGUGCCGCCAGAGAUCAGGAAUGAUUUAUAAGUAGAUGUUAGAGUUAGUCUAAGAAGAAGUCAUGUUCCCUGACAGACAGGAGUACCAUGACAGGAUACGUAGGUUCCUCUCAUCUCACCUGUAGCUGUCAGCUCAGGGAGGACCAGCCGCAGAGAGGAGGGAGCCGUUUAGGUUUUCAAAUUGCUGUUCAGAAGUUAUUCUAUUGAGGGCUCAUAGGUCUUGGUGCUGUUAUUGCCAGUUAUGAGCUGUGUAGCCCCAAGGCCCACGUGUGUACUGUGGAAGAGCUGGCAGUCUGGAGAGCUGGUGACAAAGGCAUCCUUGUUUGGAAGUGUUGUGAGGGCUACCCCUAGGGGUUAGGGGUUCUCAGCGUGGGGUACUUAACCUUCCACUUGUGUGGUCCUCUGCCCAGCUCCACACCACCGAGAAGAAAAGAAUCCUACAGAGCACUUGAGCCCAACAUGUGCCAUCCCGAAAGAGUCCUCAAGGUCACUUGGUUGGCUAAGCCUGAUCAAGGCAGAGGCUUGACUUGGGACCUCCUGUGUCUGCGGAAGCCCAGGGUGCAGCCCCAUGGGAAUUAAGUGCCCAGAGAGACAUGUGACCCUGGAGAAAUGGCAUGGGACUCGGAAUCACAGAUGAGCGUGGCCCCACUGUUAGGUCCCAAUACACCUCUGCAAGCGGCCAUGGGUCCUCAUGGCGACAGUCGGGUUGUUAUGGCUUGUAUCUUUCCGUAGCCUUCCUCGAGUUGGCUUUCAUCCCUGUAUUCCAGAUUCUGCCCACUCUAGCUGAAUAUACGGUAUUGUCCCUGAUUAUGGGAACCCAGAGUUCGCCUGGGCUCUGAGUGCUGUAUCACUUCUCUUCUAUCACAGAACUGGUUCUCAGCCUGUUUCAUUUCCUGCUGAGGUCCUUGGAUGUGGCCCCCAGCUCUGUUUCCACUACACAUUUGCGAGCACUUGUCAAAUGCUCACUAACUGAAGUAAAGCUCUGUCUCAGUAUCA